AUGUCGCGCUACGCUGGAGCUCACGCCAAGCCAAACGGCCCUGGCGAUGCACGCCCGACGGCCCUGCAAAUCAUCCAGGACGAGGGCGUCGAAGGCAAGCUCAAGGGCGAGGUAAUUGUAAUCACUGGUACGUCUUCCGGCAUUGGCAUCGAAACCACCCGCGCCCUGGCCACCACCGGUGCCACCCUCUUCCUCACGGCCCGAGACGUCGCCAAAGCCCAAUCCGCCCUCACUGGUAUAUUUGAACCUUCCCGGAUGGAGAUUAUCAAGAUGGACCAGGCAAGCCUCUCUUCCGUCCGCGCUGCAGCCACAGCCAUUCUCGCCAAGACCUCGAAGAUUCACCUCCUAGUGAACAAUGCCGGCAUCAUGGCCAUCCCGGACCUCCGCCUAACCGCUGACGGCCGCGAACUCCAAUUCGGCACGAACCACCUCUCGCAUUUCCUCUUCUACAAUCUCUUGGAACCUGCUCUUCUCGCCGCCGCCUCCCCGGACCUCCCAUCCCGCGUCGUUAAUCUCUCCUCCUCGGCCCAUAACGUUCACGGAAUCAAUGACCCCGACAACUACGACUUCCAGAAAGGCGACUAUGAUCCCAGUGUGGCCUACGGACAAUCCAAGACGGCCAAAAUUUACAUGGCUAACGAGAUCGAGCGCCGCUAUGGCUCGCACCACCUACACGCCACGAGCGUUCACCCGGGCCUGGUCCAGACAGGGCUGACCCAGCAUAUGCCCCCGGAUGCCUUCAAGGGAAUGGAGUACUUGUACCCCACCAUGAAGAGCGUUGAGCAAGGUGCCGCAACAUCGGUUUGGGCAGCCAUCGGCAAGGACUGGAAACAUGACGGCGGCAAGUACCUCGUUAAUUGUGCCGUGGCAGAGCCAUAUGCGGAAGGGGAUUAUAAGUUCUCUGCGCCCGGGUAUUCCCCAUACGCCUAUGACGAAGAGAAGGCGAAGAGGCUUUGGGGCGACUCGCUCAAGCUUGUGGGCUUGCAUAGUGAGAAGUAG